AUGUCGCUGCUCUCUGUGCGGCAGAAGGAAGAACUCCAUAAAGCUAUCCUGGAGUACUUGCAUUCGAAUAACUUUACAGAUGCCUUCAAUGCUCUCAAAUCCGACGCCGAUAUUGACUAUAACCCUGACCCAAAGGCCAAGUAUGCGGGGCUACUGGAGAAGAAGUGGACGAGUGUGAUACGCUUGCAGAAGAAGAUAAUGGACUUGGAAAACCGAAACGCUGCGUUGCAAGAAGAACUCUCUCUUUCCCCAGCAAAACGAGCGCAGAUGCAGACAGACUGGGUACCAAGAGCGCCCGCAGCAUACGUCUUGACUGGGCAUCGCGGACAGGUUUUGAGGGUAGCCUUCCACCCGACAUUCAAUCUGAUUGCAUCCGCCAGCGAGGAUGCGACUGUGAAAAUCUGGGACUGGGAGACUGGUGAAUUUGAACGCACCCUCAAAGGUCAUACGAGGGCUGUCAAUGAUGUUGACUUCGAUAGUAAGGGUAACUUGCUAGUGACAUGUUCUUCCGAUUUGUUCAUUAAGAUUUGGGAUACGCAGAACGAAUGGCGGAAUACAAAGACUUUUCCCGGACACGAACAUACUGUAUCCUCUGUCCGUUUUAUGCCUGGAGACCAGCAAAUUGUUAGCGCAAGUCGCGAUCGGACGAUCAGAAUAUUCGAUAUUGCGUCUACGCAUCUCGUCCGAACAAUUUUGGGACAUGCGGACUGGGUCCGCUGCGUCGAACCGUCUUUUGACGGACGGCUAAUUGCUAGUUGCUCGAAUGAUCAGACGGCCCGAAUCAGUGAUCCAUUAUCAGGCGAAACUAAAAUGGAGCUUCGCGGCCAUGAUCAUACAGUCGAAGUGAUCGCCUUCGCGCCCGUCUCCGCAUACGCUGCUAUACGCGAAUUGGGCGGUCUACCGAAUACAGACCGAGUCAAACGUCCCGGGGCAUAUAUCGCCACUGGUUCCCGAGACAAGACCAUCAAGAUAUGGGACGUACAAAGCGGACAGAUGAUCCGAAGCCUGGCUGGACACGAUAAUUGGGUGCGGGCACUCGUCUUCCAUCCAACAGGCAAAUUUCUCCUCUCCGCGUCAGACGAUUACACCAUACGCGUAUGGGAGCUCACAACGGGUCGCUGCAUGAAGACUCUGCAGGCUCACGGUCACUUCGUGACAUGUCUUGCAUGGGGACGGCAGUCUGGCUCGCAAGGCUCCGCACAUGGUGCUGCGACGACGAAUAGCGUCAACGGAGACGCUCAAGCGGCUGACACAGACAAAUUUGUCAAUGUCGUUGCGUCUGGUAGUGUCGACCAGACGAUCAAGAUCUGGCUCCCGUAG